GCCUUUUGUUCAACAACCCACAAGGACCAGGCCGGGCUCUUGGCGCAGACGCACAUCCUGUUCUUUAUUGUGAAAGAAGGAAGCAGAAUGAUCAGAGUCUUUGAGGAAGUGUGAGGAGCUCAGUGGAGUUGGUCCAUUGCGCUGCGGAGUGUAGCUCCGCUGUGGUCAUGCUUCUGUCUGUGCCGCUGUCCGUGCGCUCCUGGCUGCAGUCUGCGUGCGCCUGUCUGCUGCUCUGCGGAUUCUCCAACUACUGCGCCGCUUUGAGGCCGAGUGAGUUCACCCCACCCACCAUCAACAUCAGCCUGGACCAGGACCCCGAGGUGCGCUGGAAGCCCCUGAGCCUGCACUUUGACCCAGAGUACCUCAAGAACGCGUCUGCGCAGGUCAUUGACUCUACAGUUCCCAGAUGGGUGCACCAGGCCGUUAAACCCAUUGUCCUGGCAUUAGAGAAGUACAUUCCGCAGCCCUAUGCGGGGGAGAUCCGGGGUCUUGCUGAACAUAUCGGAGGAAGCCUUUCGGACGCCAUCAUUCUCAACUUUGCCUAUGAAGUAUCUGCAUUUUGCACAAGUAUUAUAACUCAGGACCAAAAUGGGAACGUGUACCACGGCAGAAAUCUUGACUAUCCACAUCCAGUUCUCAGAAACCUCACUAUCAAUGUCAAUUUUCUUAAGAAUGGAAAGGUUGCAUACCAAGGCACAUCGUUUGCAGGUUAUGUUGGCCUAUGGACUGGACAAAGCCCAAAUAAAUUCACUGUGUCGGGUGACCAGCGGGGAAGUGAGCACUGGUGGAACUGGUGGAAGAACUGGGUGUCAGCGUUUCUGUUUCGGAGGUCUCCUGUCUCUUGGUUGGUGAGGGAAACUCUGGAAAAUGCUGAAGACUUCCUGGAUGCAGUGAUUCGCCUCUCUAAAGUGCCUAUCAUUACUGGGGUGUACUACAUAGUAGGCGGUGUGCAAGCAGGCGAGGGUGUGGUCAUCACUAGAGAUCGCACUGGCCCAGCAGAUCUGUGGCCCCUGGAGUCCAUCAAUGGAGGAUGGUACAGAGUGGAAACAAAUUAUGACCAUUGGAAGCCUCCUCCAAAAAAAGAUUAUCGAAGGGACGUGGCCAAUAAAGCCUUAAAUGUAACAGGACAAGAUCAUAUCAACAUGGAUACACUUUAUCAGGUUUUGUCACUGUACCCCGUGUGCAAUGGUAUAACUGUCUAUACAACCGUAAUGAGUGCAGCAGCCCCAGAUAAAUACAACACACUGGUCAGACUACAGGGCUGUUUGCCGUAAGACCGACAUUUACUAGUGCACUGAACUGACCACACCAAAGGCAUUUGAACUUUUUAACUGUUUUUUUUUUCUUCAGAAAGCACUGUAUAAGGGUCUUGAUAUUUUAAGGAAUUACUUGUUAUUUAGUUUUAAAUUCAAUGGUUUUACACAACUGGGUCAUUACAUACUUGUGGCCAUGUAGCUGCUUUGAUAAGGCCUAAAAGAGGCCAAAUACUGGAAUAAAAACUUCAAGCAGUAAUCAACAUUGUUGUAGGUGCUUUAGGUAUGACACUUAGUCAAGUCCGUUGUUUCCAUCCCUCCUCUU